AUGUCUGUUCUGAGACGUCUUCAGACGGGCGCUGAGCGCAAUGCUCCACAAUCAUCCCCAGCACCAGUCAGAUCCGGUCCUUCUCAUCAAAAUGAGCCAAGCUCCUUACCUGAAUACACUCCACCAACAUGUCCUCUUUCCACAAAUGCCCAACGUGCCAUUGCCAAUAUUCGCACGCUUCAUAAUACUACUAAGCUAAAGAAACAUCUCAGCGCUGCUAUCAAAAAUAUCACAGACACAACUGUUGCCAAUAACGAUAGAUUAUGGGAGCGUAAACGGCAAGUAGAAAAAAAUGCGCGGAAGAGAGAGAGGGAUGGACAACAAGAUGAGGAGAUGCCUUCGGAGCACAAAGAUUUGGAAAUUCACACGAGACAUAUGGCGAAGAAGGUUAAGGCUUGGACAGAGCAGGCGGAGAUAGCCAUGAGGAUCUUGAUUGAUAAGGGCGAUGAGGUGGAGAGGAACGAUAUGGUUAUUAGAGAUGUUUGUGAUAAAUUAGUUGAGGCUAACCCUCCUCCUUCAAAUCGGAGAAUCAGAGGCCAGGAAUAUGAGGAAGAAGCGAAGCAGGACGGGGAGGUCAUCAGUGCGGUGGAAUUGUUGGAUCAGAUCAAGGAGGAGUAUAAGACGAAAUAUGAGGCGGAAACUAUGACGAAAAGAUAUGCCUCUCACAACGAUUACAAGAGCUUCAAGCGUGUAGUCCACGAUUCCCUCUACCCAGACCAAGACGUACCGCUUGCUAAAGAAUCCACAUGGUUCCCUUCCGACCGCUCACAUCCUUCUGCCCAAGAAGACCACCGAGGUGAAGACGAAUCCUCUGACGAUGAAAUUGUCAUUGAAAAAAUCGUCAAAGAUCUCAAAUGUCCCCUCACCUUCGCCACUUUCCGCGAACCAUACACCAAUAACAAGUGCAACCAUAGUUUUGAGAAGGAAGCAAUCGUUGAGUAUCAUAGGAAAAACGCGACGAUUCAUAAAGGGGAAAGGGUGAUUAAGUGUCCGGCAAUGGGAUGUGAAAAUUUUAUUGCUAUGAAGAACAUGUAUGAUGAUCAAUUGCUGCUGAGACAGGUGAGGAGGGCUACAGAGAGAGAGAGGAAUCAUGAUAGUGAGGAUGAUGAUGAUGCUCCAAGAGGUACCCAGAGAAAUAGACCUGAGGAGUUAGUUGAUGAGAGUGCGUUUUUAGAUGUAGAUGAUGAGGAUAGGAGGAAGAGUGUGAAGAGGGAGAGAAUGAGUAUUAGGGGUGCACCUAAUUUGACGCAGGUCAGUACGGAUGAUGAAGAUGAAGAUGAAUAG